AUGGCACGCGGUGGAGGCGGUGGGUUUGGCAGAGGCGGUGGCGGCGGCUUCGGCGGCGGUCGCGGCUUCGGCGGCCCACGAGGUGGAAGGGGCGGCGGUGGUCGCGGCGGCCGCGGUGGUGGCCGUGAGGCGGAACCGGACCCACCAGAAACACUGGAGCUCAUCGGCACCUUCAUGAACGCCGCAGAGGGGGAUCUGGUGUACAAAGUCACGAUCCCCGAAGUGGUGCCGCGCUUCAAUGCGUUUGUGUACACCGAAAACAAGGCUAAAAUUGGCAAGAUUGAUGAAGUGAUGGGAAGCACAACCGAUGUGAUGUUUUCGGUGAAGCCCGUUCCUGGGGUGCAGGCAGGGUCCAUUAGUGAAGGGGAUAACAUCUUUGUCUCCCCCACACAGAUCACCCCAAUGCGUCUGUUCACGGACCCACCAAAGCCACGAGGACGCGGUGGCCGCGGAGGCGGCGGUCGUGGCGGCCGAGGCGCAAACGGUGGCGGCGGCGGUGGUCGCGGCGGCUUCGGCGGCGGCGGUGGUCGCGGUAACUUCGGCGGCGGCGGUGGUCGCGGUAACUUCGGCGGCGGCUUCGGCGGUCGGCGGUGGUGGUCGCGGUAA